AUGGCCGUUUGCGACUUUACGGUCACCUCGGAAGAGGACCGUCGCCAAUUCAUUGAUGAAGUCGCGAGACGUGGAGUCGUCGUAGCACGCACCUUCCAAAUCGAAAAUGAGCCGGCGGAUGGGCCCGAAGCUGUAGAGCCGGAGCGUCAGCCAGUACCACCACCACCACCACCACCUGAACCCCUUGAAGAUGAUGAUGCUGACACUUGC